AUGGCUGUCUCCACGACAAGCACCGAGAGCAACCAGGAGGAAAAUCUGGAGAAAUCACCAGAUCUGACACAAAACCUCGAUGCCGCGCACAAGCUGACAGAAGAGGUGCCCUCCGACAAUCAGAAAUGGCACAUGGCCGACGAACUGCGUUGUUUGAAAGAGCGAGAUGAGAGGAAUGGCGAGAAAUCUCGGAAACUUGGAGUCAGUUGGCAAAACCUCACCGUCAAAGGUGUCAGCAGCGACGCUACAUUCAACGAGAACGCCCUCUCCCAAUUCAACUUAUUCGGGAAUCGCGGCACAAAAGCUCCCACGAAGACAAUUCUCGACAACUCUUUUGGCUGUGUCAAGCCCGGCGAGAUGCUGCUCGUCCUUGGCCGCCCCGGUUCGGGAUGUACAACACUGCUCAACCUCCUUUCAAACAACCGUCGUGGCUAUGCCGAAGUGAGCGGGGAGGUUACCUUUGGAACCAUGCCUGCCGAAGAAGCCAAGCAGUAUCGCGGCCAGAUCAUCAUGAACACGGAAGAGGAAAUCUUCUUCCCAACAUUGACCGUCGGCGAGACCAUUGACUUCGCCGCCCGUAUGAAAGUCCCUUACAACCUACCGCCAGGAAUAAAGUCAGCGGAGGAAUACUCUCAGCUCAACAAGGAGUUUCUUCUCCGGUCGGUGGGAAUCUCGCAUACCGAAUCGACUAAAGUCGGAGAUGCAUUCACGCGAGGAGUGUCUGGAGGAGAGAGAAAACGGGUCUCUAUCAUUGAGUGCUUAACAACCCGAGCAAGCGUCUUCUGCUGGGACAACUCCACGCGUGGUCUUGAUGCAAGUACAGCUCUGGAGUGGACCAAGGCAAUCAGAACUAUGACCGAUAUUCUUGGACUCACCUCUAUUGUCACCCUCUACCAGGCAGGCAAUGGCAUCUAUGACCAUUUCGACAAGGUCCUUGUCCUUGACGAGGGAAAGCAGAUCUUUUAUGGCCCACAGAAAGAGGCAGUGCCCUUCAUGGAAGACCUUGGGUUCAGGCGCGACUCUGGUUCCAAUCGAGCAGAUUUCCUCACUGGCGUGACCGUUCCAACAGAGCGUGUUAUUGCAUCAGGCUAUGAGCACAGAUAUCCUCGGACUUCUGAUGCGAUUCGUGCUGCCUAUGAAUCAAAUAAGCUUAAGUCCCAUAUGCUAGCCGAGUGCUCCUAUCCAGAAAGCACAGAGGCAGCGGAAAACACGGCUGUUUUCAAGGAGAUGGUCGCUCGGGAAAAGCAUCGAGGAAUGUCAAAGUCUUCACCUGUCACUACCGACUUCUUUUCUCAAAUCAAAGCCUCUGUCACCCGGCAAUAUCAAAUCAUAUGGGGUGAUAAAUCAACGCUGAUCAUAAAACAAGCCGCCACAGUCAUUCAAGCCCUGCUAGGCGGAUCACUGUUCUACAACGCUCCAGAUAACUCAGUUGGUCUGUUCCUUAAGGGUGGUGCUCUGUUUUUCUCCAUCCUAUAUAACGCCCUCAUUGCUCUCUCCGAAGUCACAGACUCGUUUACUGGAAGACCUAUUCUAGCCAAACACCGUUCAUUUGCCUUUUAUCACCCGGCUGCGAUCUGCAUUUCCCAGAUCGUCGCAGACCUUCCCGUCUUGCUAUUUCAGGUGUCACAUUUUGGCCUUGUUCUCUAUUUCAUGGUCGGAUUGAACCGCACCGCCGAAGCCUUCUUCACUUACUGGAUCACCAAUUUCAUGACAGCGAUGUCUAUGACAGCUCUAUUUCGACUAAUCGGUGCCGCUUUCCCCACCUUUGACGCCGCUACUAAGGUCUCUGGUUUGAUGAUUGUUGCAUGUUUUGUCUACACGGGCUACAUGAUCAUCAAGCCCGAGAUGCAUCCAUGGUUUGUUUGGCUGUUUUGGAUCAACCCAAUGGCAUAUGCAUUUGAAUCACUUCUUGCCAACGAGUUCCAUUCGUCAACCAUCCCCUGCGUUGGACCAAAUCUCAUACCAAAUGGCCCUGGUUACACUGCAGAAGCAGGUGGUCAAUCAUGUGCUGGAGUCGGUGGCGCUUUACCCGGUGCUACUAGUGUUACUGGUCGCGACUAUCUUGCAUCAAUGUCGUUCAGCCAUAGUCAUGUCUGGCGCAACUUUGGUAUCAUCUGCGCGUGGUGGGUCUUAUUCGUCGCGCUGACCAUCUUCUUUACCACCCGAUGGAAACUACCCGGGGAGGGAGCUCGCAGUCUUCUUAUUCCUCGAGAGCAGCAGUACAAGUCAAAGCAUCUAUUUCUUAGCGAUGAAGAGUCGCAGGCGUCUACAAAGUCUCUGCCAGAAUCCAGAGAAAAUGAAUCUCAAGAGACCAUCGGAAAGGACAUCAACGAAAAUCGAAGCAUCUUUACCUGGAAAAACCUUACUUAUACCGUCAAAACGCCUUCGGGAGACCGAGUCCUCCUUGACAAUGUCCAAGGAUACGUGAAACCAGGUAUGCUCGGAGCACUUAUGGGGUCUUCUGGUGCGGGCAAGACUACUCUGCUUGACGUGCUUGCCCAGCGCAAAACCGACGGGACUAUCCAUGGAUCGGUGUUGGUUGAUGGUCGGCCAAUUCCUAUCUCAUUUCAACGCUCCGCUGGAUAUGUGGAACAAUUGGACGUGCACGAGCCUCUAUCAACCGUUCGUGAGGCCCUCGAUUUUUCGGCCCUUCUACGGCAGCCCCGUGAUACACCUACCCACGAGAAGUUACGCUAUGUCGACACCAUAAUUGACCUCCUGGAAUUGCGGGAUCUCGAGUUCACGCUCGUUGGUCGUCCUGGGGCUGGCUUAUCCGUUGAGCAACGCAAACGUUUGACUAUUGCCGUCGAGCUAGUUGCAAAACCCAGCAUUCUUAUCUUUCUGGAUGAACCUACGUCCGGCCUUGAUGGCCAGGCUGCGUUCAAUAUUGUUCGCUUUUUAAAAAAACUUGCCGAAGCUGGACAAGCCGUUUUGGUCACGAUCCACCAACCCUCUGCUCAGCUCUUCGCACAAUUCAAUACACUCCUUUUGCUUGCCAAAGGCGGGAAAACAGUGUACUUCGGCGACAUUGGAGACAACGCCAGUACUGUCAAGGCUUAUUUUGCCAAACAUGGCGCACCUUGCCCGCCAGAAGCUAACCCUGCUGAGCAUAUGAUCGACGUGGUAUCGGGGGCUGCCUCGAAAAAUAUCGAUUGGAACAAAGUCUGGUUACAAUCACCAGAGCACGACCAGCUCACAACCGAGCUAGACAUAAUGGUUACUGAAGGAGCUGCUAGAGCCUCUGGUACCAUUGACGACGGGCACGAAUUUGCAGCUUCAAUGUGGACUCAGGUCAAGCUCGUGACCCACCGUAUGAAUAUUUCACUAUAUCGGAACACCGAAUACAUCGAUAACAAGUUUGCCAUGCAUAUCAGCUUAGCGCUACUCAACGGCUUCUCAUUCUGGAUGAUUAAGGAUCGGCUCAUAGAUCUACAGAAAAACCUUUUCACCGUUUUCAAUUUUAUAUUCGUGGCGCCUGGAGUGAUCGCCCAACUUCAGCCUCUUUUCAUUGACCGCCGCGAUAUUUAUGAGACGCGAGAGAAGAAAAGCAAGAUGUACCAUUGGGCUCCCUUCGUCGCGGGUCUUAUCAUCUCUGAGAUUCCAUACCUGAUUUUCUGUGCCUUACUCUAUUAUGUUUGUUGGUAUUUUACUUGUGGACUACCUACUGCGCCUGGCAACGCUGGCAGUGUCUUCUUUGUUGUGGUAAUGUACGAAUGCCUGUACACUGGUAUUGGCCAAAUGAUUGCCGCCUACGCUCCCAAUGCAGUCUUCGCGUCCCUUGUCAACCCUCUCCUCAUCACGACCCUUGUCUCAUUCUGUGGUGUCAUGGUUCCUUACAACCAAAUUGAACCAUUUUGGAAAUAUUGGAUGUACUAUAUCGACCCUUUCAACUACCUCAUGAGCUCGCUACUUGUUUUCACGACAUGGUCCAAGCCCAUCACAUGCACUUCUGAUGAAAUUGCCUUGUUCGAUCCACCAGUCAAUCGAACUUGUCGUGAAUACCUUGCUACCUACCAGCAAGGCAUGGGGGUAGGAACACACCUCCUCAAUCCCAGCGCCAAUGCCGAUUGCCGCGUUUGCCAGUACGCCACUGGUGGAGACUACCUCAAGACCCUGAAUCUUGCAGAGGAGUAUUUUGGCUGGAGAAAUGCCGGAAUUGUUGUGGCCUUUGUGAUUGGUAUAUACGGUCUGGUGUUCUUGAUGAUGAAGUUGAGGACGAAAGCUACUAAGAAGGCCGAGAACUAG